AUGCCUACUCCCAUGACGGGACCGGGAGGUCAAGCCUCCUGGCCCGAUCAUGGGCGUCCUGGAAAGCCAGGAGUUGAUUGCGAUAAGCUGGCGUCUGCAUCCAUUGGCCCACGGCAUUUCUACGUGUUCGGUCACAUGGCGAACAGCUUGGAAGAUGUAGACAACUUCGUGGAGCAGGGCGCGAACGCUCUCGAAGCUGAUCUCACGUUUGCCUCCGAUGGGACGGUAGAGAAGUUCUAUCACGGUGGGCUCUGCGACUGCGGCCGCGACUGCGAAAAAUCUGCGGAAGCCAACACGUACCUGUCCUAUCUGAGGGACGCUGUCAAUGAAGAUGGCAAGUUCGCUGGCAAGCUGCAGCUUCUUUACAUCGACACGAAGACUGCGUGGCUUUCUCCUGGAAUGAAAUACCAGACUGGCAUCAACCUCGCCAAUACCUUGAUAAAUCAACUUUGGAGCAACGGCACGAUUCCGUCCGAGCGCAUGCUGAACGUGAUCCUGUCCGUGUCUACAACAAUUAACAAGGAAGUCCUCUCGGGAGCGCUGGACACCUUCAAGCGGGCCACAACCACUUCGCUCUUCCUGGACCACGUGGGCUUCGACAUCAGUGGAUACGAGUUGCUCAGCAUCAUCGCCAAUACAUACGAAGAUCUGGGUAUAAAGGAACAUCGCUGGCAGGGCGAUGGCGCAAAUAACUGCCUGAUUGGCGGUUACGGGGAAGCGCGCACUAAAGCAAUGACGUCACGACGAACUGCUGCGAACACGACGGAAGACUACGUGGACAAGGCGUACGUGUGGACUGUCGACAGUUCAAAGAGUGUACGUCGAUUCCUGAGGUGGAAUAUAGAUGGCAUGGCGACCAACGUGCCAACAACUAUUUUGAAUGUUCUCAAGGAAGGCGAAUUCCUGAAGAUGUAUAGGCUUGCAACCGCACAGGACAGCCCAUGGACGCGCAUUGUAUGA